UCUUCCUUUCCCUGUACUACCCCAGCAUAUUGUCGACGCUGAGCGAGUGCUUCUAGAUGGGUUAUCGCUUAUCUUGCAAAGCAGAGUCCGCCAUUGCCGUCUGCGAUCCCUACAACUGGGACCGAAAGAAGAAGAAGAAGCAGCAGCAGCGACACCGAAGUAAUAAUGUGAGAAAGUUUUCCUACGCUGAACUAGAGUCCGCCACCGGAGGCUUCUCUUCGUCAAGCUUCCUUGGUAAAGGCAGCCAUGGCACUGUUUACAGAGCGGUCAUCGACGGCGGAAACCUCAUCGCCGCCGUCAAAAAGACAAGAACCGCCGCAACAGCUUUUGUUCAAGACGAUAACGCCAACAACAGCCCAGCAGACAACGAGAUCGAAAUCCUCUCCAGAAUCCGAAGCCACCGCUUUGUGAAUCUCUUGGGUUACUGUCUCGAUCCUAAAGAGAAGAAGAAACUACUGGUGGUGGAGCUCAUGCCCAACGGGUCUCUCUACGAUCUCCUUCAUUCUACCAGCCUUCGACCGCCCGGUUGGUCGAAGCGAAUCCGGUUGGCCUUACAGACCGCCAAGGCGGUCGAAACUCUGCACUCUUCGAACCCGCCGGUUAUUCACAGAGACAUAAAAUCCUCCAAUGUUCUCCUCGACGGCAAUUGGAACGCUAGGUUGGGUGAUUUCGGGUUGGCGCUGAGGGGACACGUGGAGGAUGUAAGGAUAAGAUGUACGCCCCCCGCGGGCACGUUAGGCUAUCUGGACCCUGGCUACAUUACGCCGGAGAACCUCAGUAGCAAGAGCGAUGUCUUCAGUUUUGGGAUUCUUCUGUUGGAGAUCAUCAGUGGCAGAAACGCCAUUGAUAUGAACUAUAGCCCUUCGUCGGUGGUCGAUUGGGCUUUACCGUUGAUUCGAAAAGGUAAGUUCACCUCGCUUUAUGAUCCUCGGAUUGGGCCGCCGGAGGAACCGUCGGUGGUAAUGGACCUGGCGUUGUUGGCCUCUCGCUGUGUUGCGUCGGAUGUAGAGAAGAGGCCAGCCAUGGCGGAGGUGGUGGGUUGCCUUAGAUUAGCUUGCAAGAGAGUGAACUCGAUUUCGCCAAUUUGGAGGAAUAUUAGGCGGUUGAUGGUGAAACCGUCGCUGUCGAUGGGUGCCCAGGUGUUUGAUGUGGAGGUUGAGCUUGAUGAUGUAGCCAAGAGCUCUAGACAUGGUAGUCGAAAUUCUUCAUUGAUGAGGAGCAGAAGAGUGUCGAGUGUUCAGCCCAGUAUGGAUUUUGUGAUUGAAUUGAGUGGCCCAGUGAGAAAGCGUGCCUGCCGGUCCAAAUCGAUUGGUUCUGCUACAGAGAGGAAAAUGGGGUCUAAUGGUAAUUUCUCGGUCAACCAGCAGCUUGCACUAGUUCGGAGGCGAUCUGGGUUUGUUCUUAGGAUGCCUUAUGUGAGAUUGAACAAAUCCAAGUCUAUGCCCUAUGGGGGUACUGCAAGCUCCAUAAGGAGGGACUGA